UUGGCAGCCAGUCACGUGCCUGCAGAGUCGUCCGCUGAUUGGCUGGCCGGCAGGCGCGCGCUCCCGUGCACGUCAGUACCUGUGGAGAAGACGCUGAUUGACCGUCGCGCGCAUUAGAGCCGCCAUGGAGUUAUUAACUCGAUAUCUGGACAGGAGCAACUCGGUCAGCUCAACCACAACUGUGGACUUGAUCAAAGAGGAGAGGCUGAGGGAUGAUUUGAAGUAUUACUUCAUGAGCCCGUGUGAGAAAUACAGGGCAAGAAGACACAUCCCAUGGAAGUUGGCGGUCCAAAUCCUCAAGAUAGUCAUGAUCACCACACAACUGGUUCUGUUUGGCCUCAACAACCAGCUGGUGGUGUCCUACAAGGAGGAAAACACCAUGGCCCUGAAAAACUUGUUCCUGAAGGACUAUGGCGGCGUGGACGAGGACGACUACUGCGUGGCCGUCUACACGCAACAAGGCGUCUAUGACAGCGUCUUUCAUGUCCUGGAGCAGUACAGCCAGCUGGGCCGCUUGGCUGUGGGUCCCAUCAGUUACGCUGAGGAUGAUGAGGGCCACCUGCUGCCUUUGGUCAUCUGCAAGAACCUCUACAGGAGAGGCAGCGUCCAGCCUUCCAACCAGGCCUACGACAUAGACGCUCAAUUGGAGACAAUUUGUUUAUCACUCGAUCCAAAGAGGGCACAUGAAUGGAAACGUUCCAACGCUUCCUUUUUCGACCUGGACUUCUACAGGUUAGUGGACUUCAAAAUAAACUUCAAUGUUAAAGGCAUCAACCUCCAGACGGUUCGCUCAAGAGAGUUACCGGACUGUUACUCUUUCUCCGUUACGAUCACUUUUGACAACCAGUGUCACAGCGGAAAGGUGAAAAUUUUUCUGGACAUCGAUGCCCAGAGCAGCGCGUGCCGAGACUGGAAGAUAUCUGGAACAGCCCAGAAAAACACGCACUAUCUCCUGGUGUUCGACGCCUUCGUCAUCGGGGUGUGCGUCACCUCCGCUGUCUUGUGCACGCGCUCCAUCGUGCUCGCCGUCAGCUUGCUGCAGAGAUUCUCCAGAUUCCUCCAUGACAACUACAACCGCAAAGUGUGUGAGGACGACCAGGGGGAGUUCCUCAAUGGCUGGUAUGUGCUGGUCAUUGUCAGCGACCUCUUGACCAUCGUGGGGUCCAUACUGAAGAUGGAAAUACAAGCAAAGAGUCUGACCAGCUACGACGUGUGCAGUAUAUUUCUGGGAACGUCCACCUUAUUGGUGUGGGUCGGUGUGAUCAGAUAUCUGGGCUACUUCCAGAAAUACAAUGUGCUGAUCCUGACCAUGAAGGCAGCCUUUCCAAAGGUGCUGCGUUUCUGCUGCUGUGCAGGCAUGAUCUACCUGGGAUACACCUUCUGUGGGUGGAUCGUACUCGGACCUUACCAUGAGAAGUUUGAGGGCCUGAGUCUGGUGGCAGAGUGUCUGUUUUCUUUGCUGAACGGCGACGACAUGUUCACCACCUUCGCCCAGCUGAAGGACAAGAACACGCUGGUGUGGCUCUUCAGUCGUGCUUACCUCUACUCCUUCAUCUCGCUCUUCAUCUACAUGGUGCUGUCGCUCUUCAUCGCCCUCAUCACAGACGCCUACGAGACCAUCAAGAACUACCAGAAAGAUGGCUUCCCGCUGACAGACCUGCAUAAGUUCCUCCACGAUCAGAAGGAUAUCACAGCUUCAGAGGGGAGCAGACAACCAGACGUCCACUUUGGAUACCCGCUCAUCUGCUGCUGUGCACGACAGCAUGAAAAGGAUGAAGUCACACUCAUCAGCUGACAAAAGUCUCACCUCCCAAAGAAGCUGGAAGACAACUGGACUUGACACAAUCUUCCCUGGCUUGUGAGUGAGUGGCUGAGUCCAGCAGGUACAAAGUGUGUGUGCAAGAGAGACAUCUUCAAGUCUUAGUCCAGCAGGUACAAAGUGUGUGUGCAAGAGAGACAUCUUCAAGUCUUAGUCCAGCAGGUACAAAGUGUGUGUGCAAGAGAGACAUCUUCAAGUCUUAGUCCAGCAGGUACAAAGUGUGUGUGCAAGAGAGACAUCUUCAAGUCUUAGUCCAGCAGGUACAAAGUGUGUGUGCAAGAGAGACAUCUUCAAGUCUUAGUCCAGCAGGUACAAAGUGUGUGUGCAAGAGAGACAUCUUCAAGUCUUAGUCCAGCAGGUACAAAGUGUGUGUGCAAGAGAGACAUCUUCAAGUCUUAGUCCAGCAGGUACAAAGUGUGUGUGCAAGAGAGACAUCUUCAAGUCUUAGUCCAGCAGGUACAAAGUGUGUGUGCAAGAGAGACAUCUUCAAGUCUUAGUCCAGCAGGUACAAAGUGUGUGUGCAAGAGAGACAUCUUCAAGUCUUAGUCCAGCAGGUACAAAGUGUGUGUGCAAGAGAGACAUCUUCAAGUCUUAGUCCAGCAGGUACAAAGUGUGUGUGCAAGAGAGACAUCUUCAAGUCUUAGUCCAGCAGGUACAAAGUGUGUGUGCAAGAGAGACAUCUUCAAGUCUUAGUCCAGCAGGUACAAAGUGUGUGCGCAAGAGAGACAUCUUCAAGUCUUAGUCCAGCAGGUACAAAGUGUGUGUGCAAGAGAGACAUCUUCAAGUCUUAGUCCAGCAGGUACAAAGUGUGUGUGCAAGAGAGACAUCUUCAAGUCUUAGUCCAGCAGGUACAAAGUGUGUGUGCAAGAGAGACAUCUUCAAGUCUUAGUCCAGCAGGUACAAAGUGUGUGUGCAAGAGAGACAUCUUCAAGUCUCAGCAGAUGUUGUCGGCCAUCAGGCUGACUCUUGUGUGCACAGAUGCUGAAAAAGAACUGCACUUGUGUUUGUGUGUGAGAAUCUUACUUUAUCUUGUUUACAAUGAAUUAUUGCAAAGUAAAAACAAAGUCUGAUGUC